AAGUCGGUGCUAGCAGGGCGCCUCUGCGGGCGUCCGGCUCUUUCUCCCCUGCGUCGAGGAUCGUGUCCUAACGGGGCCCCGCGGUGACAGCUCCACCCGCUGCUCCCAGCCUGGGGUUUGACAGCCCCGCCGCCGCCGCCUCUCACCGUGUCGUUUCCUUCCCCAGGACUGUCCGUCGGUUCGUCCCCGACGAGAGCCGCCGGCUGAGCCACCAUGUCCCCGGAAUCCAAAAAGCUUUACAACAUCAUUGUCUUGGGCAUCGCCUUCAUGUUCAUUUUCACCGCCUUCCAAACAUGUGGAAACGUGGCGCAAACUGUCAUCACGAGCUUAAAUAGCACCGAUUUCCACGGCAGCGGAUAUACCAGCAUGGCGAUCAUCUACGGCGUCUUGUCGGCCUCUAACAUCAUCACCCCGUCCGUGGUGACUGUCGUGGGGCCUCAGCUGUCCAUGUUUGCCAGCGGCUUCUUCUACAGCAUGUACAUUGCCGUUUUUAUCCAGCCUUUCCCCUGGGCCUUCUACACCGCCUCAGUCUUCAUCGGAAUCGCCGCGGCCGUGCUCUGGACAGCACAGGGGAACUGCCUGACCAUCAACUCAGACGAGCUCACCAUCGGGAGGAACAGCGGGAUUUUCUGGGCGCUCCUGCAGUCCAGCCUGUUCUUUGGAAAUCUCUACAUAUAUUUUGCUUGGCAAGGAAAAACCCACAUAUCAGAGAGCGAUCGAAGAACAGUUUUCAUUGCCCUGACAGUCAUCAGUCUGGUGGGGACAGUCCUGUUCUUCCUCAUCCGGAAACCAGAGCCCGAAAAUGUCCUGGGAGAAGAUGAGUCUGCUGACGACCAGGACAUGGAGGUUCCUGAGUCUGCGCAGAACAACCUAGGGAAGGCUGUCGAUGCAUUCAAGAAGUCUCUGAAGUUAUGUGUCACCAAGGAAAUGCUCCUCCUGAGUGUAACCACUGCAUACACAGGGCUGGAGCUGACUUUCUUCUCGGGCGUCUAUGGCACCUGUAUCGGCGCCGUCAACAAGUUUGGAACCGAAGAGAAAAGCCUCAUCGGGCUUUCUGGCAUUUUCGUUGGCAUUGGAGAAAUUUUAGGUGGCAGCCUCUUUGGUCUGCUGAGCAAGAACAAUCGCUUCGGGAGAAACCCUGUGGUACUGCUGGGCAUCCUGGUGCACUUUGUGGCUUUUUAUUUAAUAUUUCUCAACCUGCCCGGGGAUGCGCCCCUCGCUCCGGUGGAAGGAACUGACAGCGGUGCUUACAUCACACCCAGCAAAGAAGUCGCCAUCUUCUGCAGCUUCCUGCUGGGCCUCGGAGACAGCUGCUUCAACACGCAGCUGCUGAGCAUUUUAGGGUUCCUCUACUCGGAAGACAGUGCCCCUGCCUUCGCUAUCUUUAAAUUUGUCCAGUCCAUCUGCGCGGCACUGGCAUUUUUCUACAGCAACUACCUGCUGCUCCACUGGCAGCUGCUGAUUAUGGUGGUGUUCGGGUUCUUGGGAACCAUCUCCUUCUUCACCGUCGAGUGGGAGGCCGCUGCCAUCGUGGCACGGGGCUCAGACUACAGGAGCAUCUGAUCCUGGGGCCAGCAGGGAGACCCCGUCUUCAGAGUACAGCCUCUGACCAGCGGUGAGGGGCCACCCAUCGCUGCCAUCCCCAGCGGGCGGAGAAGUCCCCCAGUUCAGACUGUCCUGUCUGCCAGCACCGCCCUGAGCUUGAAGCGGUGGAGCGAGGGGCCUCGUUCUGGGCCCGCGUGGUGAGAGGCAUUUCCUGGACCAGUGUGACUCAGUGGGUCUCAGAUUCCUCCCCGUCGAAGUACUGACUGCCUGCGUUUCCUGCUUCCUGCUCUCUUGGGUUCCCAGCACAAGCCCAGGAGUCUUUGGAGCCCAGUGGGUGGAGCAGGUGCUUCUCCGCAGUGUGGGGAGCAGGCCCUCCCCAUGCCCAGACAGCUCUGCGAAUGCCGUUGAAAUAAAUCAUGAGAUGCUGAACUGGAAUUUUCUGGAAAGCUUCACACCUUCUUGAAAUGUUUUAUGCAGUUGGUUUUCAUCGCAAGGAACAACCAACUUCUGAAACUAGGGAAAGAUUAAGCCUCGAAAGCAGGCUUAUAUGUGAACAAAAGAAAUACAUAUACUGGAAGA